AUGGGCCCCUUAAUGCAUUUUCUGCCUCCUUUUUGGUUUUUAUUUGCACUAUUUUGCGUCUUGGGCGGCUGCCAGCCGCCGCCGGAGGGGAAGUGCCUCAGCGGGGGCUGCCGCGUGACGCCCCUGGGCUUCUGGGGAGGAAAGCCCACCUAUGACCCCUACGAAGCCCUCGGAGUCUCCCCCAAUGCCUCUUUAGACUCCAUUCAAAAAGCCUACAGACUGAAGGCCCUUUCUUGCCACCCGGACAAAGUGCGGGCUUUGUGCGGCGAGGAGCGCGGUGUACGUACACCUGGCGCCCGCGCGCGGGACCCCGAGGAGGAACCCUUCGUCAUUAUUAAUGCAGCUUACGAAAUGCUGCGGAGGCCGGAAGAAAGGAAACAGUUCGAGCGGGAGGGCUCUGGGGACGGGGGCCGUUUCAUAAAGAGAGAAAACGCGAAAUUCGGCGAAGACCGAAACGCCCUCGCGGACUUCAUGUCUUUUUUCGCCCAAGAGGUUUUCUUCGGCUCUGCUGCAAAUCAGGAAAAUGACUCCGACGAAGAAGAAGAAGAAGACUCUUUUUCGUUUUUCGAACUCUUCGGAGCUUCAGAAGAAGACGAGGAAGAAGAAGACGAAGAAGUGGAAUCUUUUUCUCUCGAUUUUGACUCGGAUUUCGACGAACUGUUUUGA